AAAUUAGUCAUUGUCAUUUAUUUAUCUGUAACCGUUCACAACGUGAUCCGCACGUGGAUUUAUAUAAAUAAAAUUACUCUCAUAUUAAUUUAAAUAAAAAAGUACUAAGAAGAUGGGUCGCCGUAAGAAGGGAAAAUGUGUGAGAAAAAAUAAACAAAUGGAUAGCCAAGAAUCUGAAGACUUGGUUCGAGCGCCCCAUUCAUUUGUCAUACACAGAGGAAUUCCUGGUGACCAUAUCGUUGAGCUUACCAAGGAUUUCCGUAGAGUUCUGGAGCCAUUCACAGCUUCGUCGCUCAAGGAGCGCAAAAAGAAUUCAAUAAAGGAUUUUGUGUCUGUUUCCAGCGUUCUUCAUGUCAGUCAUAUGUGCAUAUUCAGCAGAACGGAGCUGGGAAUGUAUAUGAAGCUCUGCAGAAUACCUAGAGGUCCAACGUUGACGUUUAAGAUAAUAAACUUUACACUAGCGAGGGAUGUAAUUUCUGCGAUGAAAAAGCAAAUGGUCUUUGAAGAGGCUUUCAAAAAUUUUCCUUUAGUUAUUAUGAAUAAUUUCAGUGGAGCUGCUGGUAAAGAUGAAGAUAACAAGGAUAAUGUUAAAGGCGAUGAUGAUGAAGAUGAUGAUGAUAAAGCACAUGAUGCACAUAUUAAAUUGAUGGCAACUACUUUUCAAAAUAUGUUUCCUAGUAUUAAUAUAACGAAAAUUAAUUUAAGUACAGUAAGACGUUGUGUUUGUCUUAAUUACAAUCCCGCAGAUAAAUCAAUCGAUUUUCGUCAUUAUGCUAUCAAAGUUGUGCCUGUUGGUCUAUCGAGAGGAGUCAAAAAAUUAGUACAAGCUAAAAUACCUAAUUUAUCGAAAUGCCAAGACUAUUCCGAGCUUUUAUCGAAAGGUACUCUAUCCGAAAGUGAAGCUGAAGAUGAUCCUGAAAGUCAUGUAACGUUAUCACAAGAAUUAUCAUCGCGUGGUAAUCACGCGAAAGGUAAAAGUGCAAUUAGAUUGUAUGAGUUGGGACCAAGAUUGACAAUGCAGUUAAUUAAAGUUGAAGACGGCUUACUGGAUGGUAAAGUAAUGUUCCACGAACAUAUCCACAAAACAGAUGAAGAGAUUCAAACCAUUGAAAAAUUACGUGAGAAAAAGAAACGAUUGAAGGAAAAACGUAAGAGAAUUCAAGAAGAAAAUAAACGUAAAAAAGAAGAACAAAAAGAGGAGCAUAAAGAAAAAUCUUUGGAAGGAAUAAAGAAGAAAAAGGAAGCUGUGAAAAACGAGAGCGAUAUUUUGUUGCGGAAAUUUGCGAAGGAGUCGUACCAAGAGACUAAACAAGAGGAUGAUGAUGAUGCGCAGUAUUAUCGCGAUGAAGUUGGAGAGGAGCCAGAUAAAGAUCUUUUCCAAAAAAAUACUGCUGGCAAACGAAAAAGCUACACCCCGAAUUACAAACCAAAAAAUAAGAAAGAAAAACAAAGUAAUGAUGAAGCGAAAUUUAAACGUAAAAAAGUUAAAUUUAGUAAAGAUGUAAAGAAAUAAAUUUUUUUGUCUUAUGAUAA